AUGCUGAAGUUUGUGCGCAAACAGGACCAGGAACAUCCGUCGCCCAGUGCCUCGGUCACGUCCAGCGUGACCACAGGCAUUCCAACGGCCAACGGCGGGCGCUUGACAAUCGAACAGAAUCGUCAGCUGCAGUCCCUGGUAAAUGAGCUCCGCGCGUUGAAAGAGCAAAAUCAACGCCUGCUGGAUGACAAUCAGGAAUUGCGCGACUUGUGUUGCUUUCUGGACGAUGAUCGUCAAAAGGGUCGCAAGCUGGCACGGGAAUGGCAGCGCUUUGGUCGAUAUACGGCCAGUGUAAUGCGUCAAGAGGUGGCUGCCUAUCAGAACAAGCUGCGUCAACUGGAUGACAAGCAGCAGGAGCUAAUCACCGACAAUCUGGAGCUAAAGGAGCUCUGCUUGUAUCUGGAUGAGGAGCGUGCGCACGUUGCUGCCAAUGCGCUCUGCGCUAGCUGCGGCGCGGCCACGCGUAACGCACUGCGCGACGAUGGAGACGGAUCGAGUUCAAGCACCAACGCGGACGAGACAAUCACAGCGCUGCGCAACUAUGCGGAACAAAGGCAAUUGCCGGAUUUGCGCAACGCCCACACGCUCAACGAUCAGACUUUGCAAUAUGUACGCUCGCUGGAGCGACGCAUACAGCAGCUGGAGGAGGAACGCACAACGCCCACGGCCAAUUUGCAACAGCCACAACAAGCAGCACCGACGCCAGCAGCAGCAGCAGCAGCACAAGCACCAGCCAAAUCAGCGCCCUCGCCACACAGCACGCACACGCAACAGGACAUCAGUCAGGCUGUGGCUGCAGCUGCAGCAGCCGCUGCCGCCUUGCCGGAGCCCAUUUCGGGGCGGCCGGAAGCUGUGGUCCGGGCCCUGCAAGUCUUGGAAGUGAGAGAGCAGCUGGAACGUGAUCGUUUGGGCAAUCUGGCGGGCUGUGCCCUCGAUCAGAUGGACGAUGGCGAAAAGGCGCUAGUGCGCGAAAUGUGCAACGUUGUCUGGCGCAAGCUGGAAGGCAGUCCACAUGGUCCCACCGCCCUAGAGCCACUAUAG